AUGGCUCGAUUCUAUCAUCCAUCAGUCCAUCACCUGAGAUCCAGACUUGUACACUACACCGCCAAAGCUCCUUGCUACAAACGACGAAACAUGUCUUUCAAAGUUCCCUCUUCUAUCCUCACCACAGCCCGUCGCCGCGCUAGGAAGUGUCAGUACCGCCGAAAGAACGCAGCAGCCUAUGACGCGGCCAAGCCGACGAUCAUGCAGUUACCUAAUGAGGUGCUGUUCAUGGUAUUCGAGCUGCUCGAUGUGCCCUCGCGCGUCUGCCUUGGCCUCACAAGCAAGGUGUUCGCCCAGAUGACCAGAUGCGUCGAUACAGCCUGCAACGACCAACCCUCUGUGGUGAAGUUCCACCAAAAGUGCACUGUGCUUCCGUGUACCUACACUCACCACAUCUCCGACAGAAGAAUCAUGCUCUUGCAGCUAAAAUCUUGGAUGCCGUACGGCUAUCGUCUCUGCUGGGUCUGCCUCAAAUACACCAAAGUCGGUUGCUCGGAAUGGCACUGCACCACUCAGGUGAAGUUCAAUGGCCACGACGGUCUGAACGUCCAUGCCAUUCAACAAGCCGGCAUGGACAAACUGUACGCUCAUUGGAAAUGCAUUCGAUCCGGCCACGCUCUCGCUAAAUGGUCCCGGAUCACUCCAGGAGCAUCCGGCGGCUUCACUCGGCUCAGAGGCAGUGACAGUCCUCCGACAGAUGGCUAUGUCUAUGAUGCGGGCCACUAA